CUUUGUAGCAGAGGGUUUUGUUGUCAUCAUCAAAGUGUGUUCAACCUGUGUGUUGGGCCAAACAACAAAUAAUCCGCCUCAAAUCUUCACCCUUAUCUUAUUUUUCACCUGUUGCUGUAUCCCCCAAAAACCAAUCAUACGAUUUCCCCCGAGCUCCCCUAAUUCCCCCGCCCCCCCAGCCAUCCCCCGUUACCGUCGUCCACCCAACACCGCCCACCUCCCAUUGUCCGAGCUGGCGUGGCGACGCAAACUUUCAAAUAUUUACUUUCUGUACAUCAAGAGGAAAGGGGGCCCCCCUUUCGUGGAAUGCAGCAACAUGGGGGUGUUUGAUCGCGGAGUUCAGAUGCUGCUGACCACAGUGGGGGCCUUCGCUGCCUUCAGCCUCAUGACCAUCGCUGUGGGGACAGACUACUGGCUGUACUCACGUGGCGUUUGCAAGAUCAAGAGUACCAACGAAAACGAGACCAGCAAGAAGAAUGAGGAGGUGAUGACGCACUCGGGUCUCUGGAGGACCUGCUGCCUGGAAGGUACUUUUAAAGGCAUGUGUAAGCAAAUAGAUCACUUCCCCGAGGAUGCUGACUAUGAGGCGGAUGCUUCAGAGUACUUCCUACGCGCUGUACGAGCCUCCAGUAUCUUCCCCAUCCUGAGUGUGAUUCUGCUCUUCAUGGGGGGGCUUUGCAUCGCCGCCAGCGAAUUCUACAAGUCACGCCACAACAUCAUCCUCAGUGCUGGCAUCCUCUUCGUCUCUGCAGGUCUGAGCAACAUUAUAGGAAUCAUUGUGUACAUAUCAGCCAAUGCUGGCGACCCUUCUAAGAGUGACUCCAAAAAGAACAGCUACUCCUAUGGCUGGUCCUUCUACUUUGGUGCCCUCUCCUUCAUCAUGGCUGAAAUGGUGGGUGUACUGGCUGUGCACAUGUUUAUCGACCGCCAUCGGGAGCUACGAGUGGGCGCACGAGCUGCCGACUACCUCCAAGGUGCAGCCAUCACACGCAUCCCCAGCUACCGUUACCGUUAUCGACGCCGUUCACGUUCCUCAUCCCGUUCUACAGAUCCCUCGCACUCUCGCGAGGCAUCGCCAGUGGGUCUAAAGGCCUUCGGGACGCUGCCAUCUACUGAGCUGUCUAUGUACACGCUGCCCAAGGGCCAAACGGGCACCCCGACAGCUACCUAUAACUCCAUGGAGAGGGACCACAACUUCCUGCAGGUCCACAACUGCAUUCAGAAGGACCUGAAAGACUCGAGCGGCCACAGCAACACUGCUAAUCGACGCACUACACCUGUAUGAAACAGAGAUGAACCACAGACAUUGACAGAAAUUAGAGGGAAGAUGUGGAAAAGCAACAGAGGCAAAAAUGGGAAGAGACAUGGGCAUAAAUGGAUAAAUUUACUAGUGAGGGUUAUGUUCUGAGAGCUCCACAGCACCUCCGAUAAUCAUUGAAUUUCUGUUUUAAAAAAUGGAAAGAGAGUAAAAAUGCAUUUAAAAAAAGAAACAUGCAUGAUUUUCCCAUAAACCAUUGUUUAACAAGAUUUGGACAUGUUUGUAACGAGUUGAAGUGGUGAUGAAUCGGGAGGAGAGACUUCCGGGAUGCUGGGUUGUGGUGGGUGGUGGUUGUUUUGGGGCUGUGGAACCAUGGAGUGGUGGGCUGGGCCACACUGCCUGUUCAAAGGCGAACUUUAUAUUUUUUACUUUUCCUCAGUCUGAACAAAAGGGGGCAUAGUCUUCCCCUUGGCCCAGCCUAUGAACCUGCCCUUGCACUAACAUACAACCAGCUUCCCCACACAUACUCUAUAGACACCCUUAUACCCAACUCCUUUGUUUAGUUGCUGUAUCUUCUUAAUUUUAUUCUUUAAUCACAAUAAUACUGUGAACCAUUGCGGUGUGGGAUUCAAGCAGGGAGCAUUCAGGCCGCAAAAAAAUCUAUAGAUAUAUUUAAAAAAGAAAAAAAAAAACACAUAAGUUAAUAUAUGUAUUGAUUAUAUAUAAAUAUAUGAAUAUAUAUGUUAAUAUAUCAUGACUAGACGUCCCUGGCGCAAAAAAAUAUCAAAAGGGAAAAAAAAAGCUGAGUAACUUAUGAGUUACUGUAGUAAAACUGUAUCAAGUCAUCAUGGAAACUAAACCAAGAAAGAAGAUUCAGUGUGACUGGCUCAUUUGAUGGCAAAGCCUCCUGCCUGCUUGAUAAACAGAUAUUGGUUAUUACUAGACACAUUAUUACAUACUUUUACAACAACGAAAAACAAAAGAAAAAAAAAAAUCUUCUGGCAGUCCGCCAAAAGCCUUGGCAGCCAUCUUUGUUAAGGGUCAACUAACGGUGAAAAGUUGACAACAUUUUUCUUUAUUGUUUUUCUUUUUGUUUUGUUUUGUUUUUGUUUUUUUUUUGUUUGUUUAUUUUUACCCCACAAAGGGGCAGAGUGAAGAGAGAACUCUGGCUGUGGGAUAAUCUCUCUGCAAACUUGAAGACGACUGUGGACAAUGAAACGUCACUACUGCCAAAGACACAAAGUAGUACGUGAGCGAGCACGGCUACCAUCGAGCUGAAGCAAAGUGACUCCAAAAAAAUUAAGAAUUUACAUGCAUGCUGAUCAAAAUCAUCCAAUCUGCUUUUAAGGAAUCUUUGUUUUGAAAACUAACAAUGAUAUCAUGUAAGGGCAGUGGGAAAAUAGAACUUAAUGUUACAGUACUGUGUCUCUUCAAAGAUUUUUUGUCUUAUUUUUUUUCUUUUGAGUGGGGAUUUGGGGGGGGGGGCUUCAUUGCGCUUGAAACAAAAACAAACUUUGGAAACCGUAUCAAAGCUAUUUUUAAACAGAAGGAAAAUCUUAUAAUGCCUUUUUGUUUCAAUAGUUUUUUUCACAGUUCAGUUAAACUCACACAGCCUUAGUCUUUUUCUUUAUAUCAUUUCUUGCUCUUUGGUUUUACAUUGUGUUGUUGUAAAUGAGAAUAUUAAAAAGCGUAAUAUCUUUCAAGGUGCCAAAAAUGAAUGAUUCUGAACUUGGAUGCAUCAAGUCCUGAUGACAAAUAAAAAUUGACCCCUCACCCUGUA